UAACUAAAAUAUAAAUACGAAUAGCAUUCUAAUAAGUAACGUACGAAUAAUAUUUAUAUUGUUUUCCUUUUCUUCCAUACAAUUGGCUUAAAACCUAAUCCAAGCUCUGCAAAUCACCGUUUUAACUAAAUUCAAUCAAUCAUCUCCACCUUUAAGGGCUUGGAUUUGAAGGUAUACGUGUUAAUUUAUGGCGUCAAAGCGUAUAUUGAAGGAGCUUAAGGAUCUACAGAAGGAUCCUCCCACAUCAUGCAGUGCUGGUCCAGUGGCUGAGGAUAUGUUCCAUUGGCAAGCAACAAUCAUGGGGCCUACAGAUAGCCCUUAUGCAGGAGGUGUAUUUUUGGUCUCAAUCCAUUUUCCUCCUGAUUAUCCUUUCAAGCCUCCAAAGGUUGCAUUUAGAACUAAGGUCUUUCACCCUAACAUCAAUAGCAAUGGAAGUAUAUGUUUGGAUAUCCUGAAAGAGCAAUGGAGUCCAGCGUUGACCAUAUCUAAGGUCCUGUUGUCCAUCUGCUCUCUAUUGACCGAUCCAAACCCAGAUGAUCCCCUUGUACCGGAAAUUGCUCAUAUGUACAAGACUGACAGGUCCAAAUACGAGUCCACUGCUCGUAGCUGGACACAGAAAUAUGCCAUGGGAUGAUGAUAAAAGUGUCCUCGGGCGUGUAUGAGACUUUUAAUUGCAAUGACUUCAUUUUGCUUUCACCCUUAAGUGCAAUGUUUUCAUUGUGCUUUGGGUGAAAGAAUUAAAUGUAGUAAGGGAAUCAGUUUGCUUCGACUCAAUCAUGUCAGAUUUUUAAGACCAAGAUCUUUCAAUAUGUGAAUAUCUAUUUGUUGAUUUUAGUGAGGGGAGAACUGGAAAUGUAAUUUUACUUUUGCUCCUUUCCCAAGUUUUUUUCUAAUUGACUAUCUUGUAUGGGUGCUCUCAUUUCAAUUGCAAAACUCCAGUGUUUAAACCGCAA